GUACUACGGUGUCUUUUGGAUGCUCCAGCAGAAGCUAUCCGCGAUUCGGAGUGGGCACCUGUAAUGGAAUUCGUCGACUUUCCAUGGGUUCCGGUUAUUGAUGGUGAUUUUUUGAUCGAGCAGCCGACAACAUCGCUCAAAAACGGCAAUUUCAAAGUAACUCAACUGUUGGCUGGCUCGAACAGAGAGGAAGCGAUUUACUUCAUUGUCUAUCAAUUGGGGAUUUAUGGAUUUGACAAAAACAACGCAUGA